AUGGCCCCGAGAAGAAAUGCCGGACGGGGCCGAGGACGCGGCGGAGGGCAAGCGCCACCGUCAGCGCCAGCGCUUGGGGGACCUAGCUUGGCGGAACCACAAGAAAUGGAUUUCGACGCUGAAAAUGUCAGUCCCGACGGCGGAAUCGCCUUGAACUUGGACAAUCUUGACGGACAAGGGUUUCGCACUUUCAUCCGAGGAUUUAUCACAAACCCCAUGUUCGACGCUAAAUUUCUGACCAAAGAAAGGGCGAAGGUGUUUCUGAGGACGCCGAUAAGCGCCGGUUCCCUCAAAUACUUCGAUGUGUACAUGUCGGCGAACGGAAAGAGGAUCGGGUUGCGCUUUCUUGCAUCCAACUUGUACUUAUUUGGAUUUCAGGCCCAGCCAAAUGGGGUUUGGUACCAACUGGAGGGGUGGCUCUGCGUAUCUCGUAAAGUGAAACUGGAUGUGAAAAAUCUGUACAUGGUCCAGAUUGGAUUGGGUGUUGAUUACACAGAUUUGGAGCGAAAUGGGAGAAGAAUUAAUCUUGACCUGGGAAUAUGUGAAUUAACACAGGCUGUGUAUCAACUAAGCAAGUUUGCUGGUGGUUUUUUUUAUCAUCUUAGAAGACCAUUCCUUGUAAUUGCCCAAAUGGUGCCUGAGGCCAUGAGACAGCCUGCCAUCUUGGAGGAAAUAUGUGCUAAGUUUUAUGGUUGCAGAUUGAGCCCGUCACUCAUUAAAACACAAAAUCAAUAUGGAAUGAAGUGUAGAUUUUUUACUGCAAGGUCUAUUCACGAACGGCUCGAUCUUUCGUACCAGAUGUCGAUAGAAGAAUAUGAGGAAAUCGAGCUACUUUUGGAGCUAACCACUGUGAGGUAUCAAUCAAGAGAGGGAGGCUACUUUUGGCCCAAGAUUUAUGCAACGUAA